AUGGCUGCCCGACGAAGAUCCACAGUGGGUCUUGGCCUGCUCUUGAUCACAUGCGUGGGCCUCGCUUUUGUCAACGGGGGCCGCCCUCUUGGCACUCCAGCACCACCAGCACGGUCCCAGGUGGCCAUGAAGGUGGGUCCUGUGCCAGUCCAGCUGCCAUUCAUGAGCGAACCGAUUGAUGGCUGGACCUUCGCCACGUGGAUGAUGGGCCUCUUCCUUGCCGUCGCGGCUUUCGGCGUCUUCCAGGUCUGGCGGCUCAUGUUUAGCGAUGAGCUGGGAAGCUACGAGGAGAUCAAGUGGGGAGGUGGUAGGCCACCCAAGGAGUACGUGGAGGAAAUGAAGAGGAUCGAGGCUCGGCGAAAGCGGAAGUACCUGGACCUGAAGAGUGUCUCAACAGAGUGA